CUUGUAUUGCGGUUGCAGACUGAAUUAAAUGACCGUGAGACCUCAGCGUGAUUGUACAUCAGGCCGAGGGUCUGAGCACACGGGUCAUCUGUGUACAUGGAGUUAUGUUAGUAUUGUGUCACUUCGAGAACUCUACUUCCGGUUUCAAGGUCACUCCCACUAUUGGUGACAGGAGGCCGUCUGUCCCUAUGUAUGCGUAGUCUAUGGUGAUCAUGGAGUCUGUAAGCAUGUGCUGCCGGGGAUAGCAGGGAGAAGCCCCCAUGUCUGAAAGCCCGGGACCCCGCGCCACAGGUCCGGUGGUCAUGAAGAAGGGCGGCGGGGACCCCGUGUUUGAUUACCCGGAGGAGCCGGACCUGGAGCUGGAUGAAUCUGACUCACCGCCGGACCUCCAAAUGGUCAAAGGCCAACGGCGACUUCCAAAUGUGACCACCGUCCCCAACCAGCUGCUGCUCGUGUCUUUGGUGGAACAUUUGUGUUAUGUCCAUGAACAGAACCCUCACCGCUCCAGACACCUUUUUAGAUUGCUCUGUCAGACCUUCACCAGGAUGGGCCUCCUGACACCAUUUGCCUUCAGUGAUGAGUUCAGCACCGUGAGGCUCCAGCACAGCACCGCUAUCACAGAGCUGCUGAAGGCAGCUAAACGCCACAUGUACAAGGAGGAAAUAGCCAAUGGUGACUUGAACCUCCAUUUAAACAGAGCGAAGGAUGUGCUCGCUGAGGCUCAGACAUCACGAUACCUCAAUGAAUUUGAAGAAAUUGCUCAGCUUGGAAAAGGAGGCUAUGGGAAAGUGUAUAAGGUGAGAAACAAAUUAGAUGGUCAGUUCUAUGCCAUUAAAAAAAUUCUCAUUAAGAAGGUGUCCAGGAAAGACUGUAAGAAGGUACUUCGUGAAGUGAAGGUGUUGGCCGGAUUACAUCAUCCUAAUAUUGUUGGUUAUAAUACAGCGUGGAUGGAACAUGUUCAGCCUCCAAAUUCAAAAUGUAAACCGAUUCCCUCCUUACAAGCUAUUAAAGGGUCCACCAAUCACAAAUCUGAGGAGAAUAAUAAGGGAGUACAGAGUGUAGAGAGCAGUGGAGGAUCUAUUGUGUUUGCGGACUCAACAGAUGGAAUACAGUUGGGUAACUCAGGCUCACAGAGUGUUAACAUGGCUUCUGUGGAUAAAGACAAGUAUUACAUUAAAAACAAGAUCAAAAACUUCAGCAUGUCUGAUGUUAACCAAUGUAGAAACAAAGACUCCAAUGCUAAUGUGCGAUCCUGCUCCAGUGUCUGCAAUAAAAAUGACACGUCACAGGAACUGUGUCCCAGGGACAGGUGUCCAUUUAAUUCUGAAGAUGAUAUGGAUGAUGGGAGUGAUUCAUCGUGUGAUGAAGAAUGCCCCCAGAAAGAACUCUGCUUACACAAACACUUUGAGAUUCAGUAUCACUUGAUGUUACACAUACAGAUGAAUCUCUGUGAACGGUCCUUGUGGGACUGGAUUGAAGAGAGAAAUGAGCACUACAGAAAAGGGAGAGAUUCUGCCAGAUGCUUUGACUUUGUGGAUGUCCGAAGUGCUAUGGGUAUUUUUUAUCAGCUCUUGCAAGGUGUACAAUACAUCCAUUCUAUGGGUGUUCUCCAUCGAGAUUUGAAGCCAAGAAAUAUUUUCUUACAAGGAUCAGAUCUUCAUGUUCGUAUUGGGGACUUUGGACUUGCAUGUAGAGAUAUCAUACAGCACUCGGAUCCUUGGUUAAAGAAGGAUGGGACCAAUGAUUCUGCACACACGUCAGGAGUGGGCACCUGCAUGUAUGCUGCACAGGAACAGUUACAAGGAUCACACUAUGAUUUUAAGUCUGAUAUGUACAGUGUUGGAGUUAUAUUAUUGGAGCUCUUCCAUCCAUUUGGGACAGAGAUGGAAAGAAAUGACGUCCUAAGGUCUCUCAGCAGUGGCAUCAUCCCUGAAUUGUUUGAAGCCCAUUGGCCAGUGCAGAGUAAAUAUGUCAGCCUAUUAACCAGCGCUGACUGUUCACGGCGUCCAUCUGCUGAUGUAAUGCUGAAAAGUGAGCUCUUCCAGGAGAGAGAGAACGUGGUUCAGGAUCUUCAGCAAAAAGUUCUUGAUUUAGAGGAAGAGAAUGAGAGACUGAAGAAGAGCCUCAAGUUAUUACAGGGACAGAUGAGCAGAGAUGCCGGCCUCCAGCUUUAAGUGUUGUCUGUUCACUGAAUGUUAUUGUAAAUUAAACGUUAUUUAUACACUGUGGUGUACAGUCAUUACUGUGAAAUG